AUGGCAGAUCCUUUUACUCAUUUCUUCAAGUUCAUCCCUCCAGGCUUCAAAUUUGACCUCUCGCUUCCAAGUUCUUUCUUGACGCAACUGAACUGUGGUAGAUGCUCGAAAGCGACACUGAGUCGUGGGCGUCAUGAAUGGUCUGUUGACAUUAACGACGGGGUCUUUGGUGACGGAUGGAGGAGGUUUGUUAGAGAGAAUGGAGUUCAAGAGUUCGAUUUCAUUGUGUUCAAACAUAAAGGAGGCAUGAUGUUUGACUUUUUGGUGUUUGACCAAUCAACAUGUGAAAGACAGUACCCAAGUAUAUCGGACGAAAUGGAGGUAGAAGAGCCUCCCACAGUAUCUGAUACGAUCCGUACACAUAUGAAAGGCCCGAAGAACCUUAAAAAGCACAAGAGGAACGAUUAUGCAUCUCAAGAACAACAAAAAUUUCAAGUAAAGAAGGAGACUGGUUCAACAAUAAAGAAGGCAGUUAGUUCGACUCUUAAAGAUCACCCAUACUUUAUUUCGACUCUGAAGCCUUCUUGCUUCAAAAAGUUCUUUCUUCAACUUCCUCUUCACUUUACGAAAGGAAGUCGUUUAAAAACUGGAGAAAUGAUUCUUGUAGACGAUAAAGAUCGAUCAUGGAAAGUUCAGCUGAUCAAAAAAGAUGAGAGAUGUUUUUAUCUUGGAUGCGGUCUAAGAGCUUUUCUGGUUUCGAAUGAAUUGAAGGUAGGUGAUGCAUUCAAGUUUGAGCUUAUCGAGAAAGAGAAGAACAAGCCUCCUGUCGUCAGCUUUUCUUGUUUGACUCCUAUUGAAGAAGAUGGCCGCCGGUACUUGAUCGGCAAAUUGAAGUCCUACAACCUAAAAAAAUCAUAUCUGGUAAUUGAAAAAAUAUAG